UGUUUGAUGUCUGGCGCGAGCGUGUCUCCGUGUUUCCUCUUUUGUUUUUUUUCUUUGUACCGAAUUGUGACACUGCAAUAUUAUUUAAUCCGACGACAAAUUAAAAUCAACUGGUAAUCGGUCACCGCGGUAAAAUAUGACUACGCAGAAUAAAUGGGUAAGAGCAACGAAUCUUGUGAAGACCAGAAUUAUGGCGCCGGACAAUGCAAGCAAUCGGUUCAGUGGGUCAAAGCUACUGGCCGACUUGAAGAACGGUCAAAGCCUUUCCAAAUGGGAUCCCGAGCUAUGCCUAAAGAUGUUACAACUACCUGGCGUUGACAAUUAUUUAGCGAUCAAAAAGAUGUUAGAAAAAGCCGACAAGGGAUGGAUCGUGGAGUUCCUGCAGAGAGACGGACUAGGUGCUUUGCUGAGCGGCUUGCGGGCGGCCGGCGGAAAAUCGCUGCUGGACACCAUGGCUCAGUUGCAGUGCGUCGAAUGUCUGCGGGCCGUCGUCAGGUCCCGCACCGGAUUGCACUACAUAUCCACUCACCUGGAGUACUCGUCGUACCUGGCUUCGGCAGUUAUGAUAUGUAACAACACUAUUGUCAAGCUCCAAGUAUACGAACUGUUGUGCGCUUUGUGCGUGUUUUCCGCGGACGGGCUGAUUUUCGUAAAAGCAGUUUUGUCACACGUAAAGAUAGAUCAAAGGUUACGGCACGAUUACGAAAUCGCCGUGUUGGAAUUGCAGCAGGCAGACACGUUCGCUUAUCAAACGACACUGUUGGCUUUCGUCAACUGUCUGAUUCUGGUCGAACAGAAUUUGAGGAAAAGGAUGUGCAUCAGGAACGAACUGUUAGCUCUCGGACUACGGUCGGCUAUUGACAGCAUGGCCGGCUACGAAGACGACGCGCUUCAAAUACAAAUAUCCGUGUUCGACGAGCACCAGUUGGCCGACGACAACCAAGAGCCUCCGAAGUCGCACCAUGAGCUUCUCGACGAGUUGAGGACCAAGAUCUCCAACACGUUGUACGACUCGUAUUUACACAACAUACUGUUGCACAUGUCCGAAAUGGAUUACACCGAUACGAAAAUUAACGACAUUUGGGGUUUGAUCAACGAAGUGAUUUGUAACGACCCGCAAACAAUACUGGAUAAAUACAGGAAAACGUCAAAAACGCAUUCCACUGGGUCUCAGACCAUAGAGAAAAGACUUAUUAAAUAUUUAUCUCCGAGCACGCGACGCCUGAGCUUAGAUGUUUCGAAAGAUAAACGGACCGUUGUCAAAACCAAAAGGCCGUCGCUGCCCACGCUGCAAGCUGCCAACGGAUUAAGCGAGAACACGAAAUCGAACGUUCGGCCAAACAAAAAACCGAUACAGUGUUCUACAUAUACACAAACGGACCAUGCGUGUUGUCGUGACGGUGGCGGACGUACCGCGGCCGAUUGUAUUCCUGAACCGAAUAACAAUCGGUUGAACUUAUCUGAUGGAAAUCGUGAACAGAUUCCGUCAAGUAAACAAAACGAGUUGUGUGAAAGCUCAACAACGCCACAACAAACGCUUCUUUCGUCUUGUACGUCACUCGAAAUUCUAUCAGAAAUUCCGCCAUGCCCACCACUACCUGCUCCGUCAAGGAUUCCGGUACCGCCACCGCUUCCGGCUGUAUCGAAUAUCCCACCACCUCCGCCAUUUCCGACCGCGAGGAUUCCAUUUCCUCCACCACCACCUCCGAUCCUAGAAAUGGCUCCUCCGCCACCACCACCCCCGCCACCACCGCCAACACCUUUCAAAGGAAUGCCAUCACCACCACCGCCGCCGCCGCCGCCGCCUCCACCACCGAACCAAGAAAUCAUACAUGCAUCACCACCACCACCACCACCUUUACUGGAAUUGGUACCAUCACCGACUUUAUUAGCGGGAAUGCCAUCUCCAAAUUCAUUGACAUCUCCAUCAACUCUUCCGUUCCCGGAACUUGAUCAAACAAAUUUUAGCAACCUAAACAUUUUGGACGGACGGUGGACAGUGCCGACAAGACGAACAAAUAACAACAUUAAAUACAAUUCUUUACCUAAGUCUAAAAUGAAGACUCUGAAUUGGACUAAAGUCAACAAUCAAUAUUUCGAUAAGUCAGUUUGGUCGUCAGCGCAUCCUCCGAACUUAACUAUAAACUUUCGAAAAAUCGACGAACUCUUCUGUCAGAAGCCCAGAGCGAAAUCUUCGCCGGCAGUUUUAUCUACUGACGUACCCAAAGUGAAUGUUUUAAACGUUUUGGAUAAUAAACGGAGUUUAGCGAUUAAUAUUAUGCUCAAACAAUUCAAAUCUGGUUCGAACGAAAUCCUAGAAGCUCUUCAAAACGGAACGUCAAUUUCUAUUGAGAAAUUGAAAGGGCUUCAGCGAGUCUUACCCACAGAUGACGAGAUAAAAAUGAUAAAAAAACAAGCCUGCAACACGCAGGUCACCUUAGGGACAGCCGAAUCUUUUUGCCUGAAAUUGCACGGAGUGUCAAAUUAUCAACUGAAAAUAAAACUUAUGAUCGAAAAAGAAGAACUACCCGCCUCUGUGGCAGAAAUACACGACCAACUGAACGGUAUCAAGGACAUGUGUCAUAAUCUAAUCGGAGACCAGCAGUUCAAGCAAUUCCUGUCACUCGUAUUGUUCAUCGGCAAUUACUUAAAUGCCGGAAGUUACGCUGGAAAUGCCAGUGGGUUUACGCUUGACACGUUGCCAAAACUGCUCGACACCCGGGCCAACAAGCCGAGAGUGACUUUUCUUCAUUUCGUCGUCGAGGUGGCGCAGACCAACUCUGACGACAUUUUGAGUUUUACCAAGUACACGUCCACGUUGAGGGGUUUAUCUCGAAUUUCAUUUUCGUCACUGGAAGAAGAAAUCCAUAACAUAACGAAACAAAUCCGGAGUCUGCAUACCGAACUAUCGAAGCAGACGAAAAAACAAGUUUAUACUCAAUUCUCAGAUUUUAUGAAACAAGCCAUGAUCGAUGUGGAAACGUUAAACGAAGAGUUCAGAACCGUGACCGAGGUAAUUGGAAGGGUAGCUGUUCACUUCGGCGAGGACGCGAAAAAAUUUAAAAUCGAAGAGUGUUAUGCACUGUUGGGA